AAUAAGCUUUGGACGUUUUGUUCAGGUUUGUCUUGUCUUUUCAUGAUCUCCAAGCUUACGAAAUAGACCACAAUUGGCGAACCAAGCUCACCCAAGUUUCGGCACAGAUCCGGGAUCCGGACAGGCAACUAUAUGCAAGCAAUUAUCAGCCCCAUUUGCUAUGAAUCUAUUUUUUCCUAGACUCAUUUGCCGGUACUCCCCAGUGCCGAGAAGCAAUGCGGCAGCAGCCAUGCCGACCAACUUAUCCAUCAAUCAGAUGACUGGCCUUGGAGUACCGGCUCCAAGUUAGACGACCUCUCUAUAUUGACCUCCAAAAUAGACAAGAUCAGCCAAAAAUUUCAAAUGAAUCCAGCACACCUCCAGCGGUGAUAUCACCAAACUUUGCCCCCUUGGCCAUGACAUUUAGCCAUGCCUUCCGACUCUUUCAUUCUUGUCGUUGUUGAUAUCGACAACCACAGAGACUGAGUCGCGACACCUCCAACAUGCACAUACGUUUCCUUGCAGCCGUGGCGCUGACAGCGUCGACGGCAAGCGCCCUGCUACGCUUCUCAUGCUCGCAGCUCGUGGUUGAGCGACUUGACCCCUUGGUCAAUCCUGGAAUGGCUCCAUCUCCACAUCUUCACCAAAUCGUCGGAGGCAAUGCAUUCAACGUCACGAUGGAUCCAGCAACACCACCUCCCUCUCAGGCGACAUGCACCACUUGCACCUUCGCCGACGACUUUUCCAAUUACUGGACAGCCAUCCUCUACUUCCGUGCUCGGAAUGGGUCGUUUAUUCGGGUGCCGCAAAAGCCAAAUAUGGGGUUUGAAGCUGCCAAUGGUGGCAUGACGGUCUAUUACACGCCCUUCUUCACUGGCCGUGGGGGGCCGGGCACCGUCACAGCUUUCAGACCUGGUUUCCGAAUGCUGAUCGGCAAACAAGAAUACCGCACCCGCGAAGAAGCCUCGAGAUUCCGACAACUUACAUACACAUGUCUGCAAAACAUUCUGACCCGCACUGGAGAGACGCUCGAUAUGCCCAAGCGGCCUUGCCCGGCAGGAAUCAUGUCAAAUGUCCGAUUUCCAACUUGCUGGGAUGGCAAGAAUCUCGACACGCCCGACCACAUGGCACAUGUUGCCUACCCUGCAUCUGGUACCUUCGAGAACAAUGGCCCAUGCCCGGCAUCUCACCCCGUCAAGAUUCCACAGCUCUUCUUUGAAGUUAUUUGGGACACAUCCAAGUUCAAUGCAAAGGACCUAUGGCCCGAAGAUGGCAGCCAGCCAUUUGUCUGGAGCCAGGGCGACGAGACUGGGUUCGGAAAUCACGGUGAUUAUGUUUUUGGCUGGAAAGACAACGCUUUGCAAAUUGCCAUGGACUCCAAUUGCGAUAGGUGCCCACAGCUCAAGUCUCAGAGCUUAGCCACGGGAAACAAAUGCAUAGGCCCUCUCCAUGUGCGCGAGAAGAUUGAUGGCUGGUUGGAUGCUAUUCCUGGGCUGACGCCUGACCUCAAGUAUCGGAACUAA